AUGUCCGCCGCGGCGUCGAUGUUUGCCCCCCCGCCAGCGCCCCUGGUCGGCGGCGCCCCGCCCGGCGGCGGAGCUCUUCCCGGCCCCGGGGACCCGGCGGCCGCCACCGCCCCCUACACGGAUGACUCGCCGGACCUGUCGGCCUCCGAGCGCAACAUCGUCACGGCCAUCGCGGCACUGGCCCUGCCGGACACCCUCGGGCACCACCACACCCUGGACCCCGGGCAGCCGGUGGCCGGGCAGCUGGACGACCUGCCGCUGGUGUCGCGCCUGGUGACCCUGGCCAAUGCGGUGCGCGGCCUCUGCCGCGACGCGCCGGUGCUCGUGGCGCAAGCCGGCUGUGGCGAGGAGGAACUGGAGGUCCUCCACAACCGCGCGUCCACCCUGCUGGAAGUCCUCCGCGAGCUGGUCAACGAUCCCCCCCACGCCCAACCACCCCACCCCGCCACCAUGCCGCCCAAGCGCUCGAUGGACACCGAUGGCUUCGAGAGCUCCCGCAUCCGCCGUGUGAAGACCGACAUGAUCUCCAGCGACGAGGAGGACGGCAUCGGUGACUACGAGGACGACUUUGGUGACGACUUCGAGGAGGAGAUCAUCGUCCGGCGCGAGAGCGCCUUCACCGACGACGAUGAUGACGAUGAUGAUGGCGACGAUGAGAUGAUCGGCAACGACCGCCCGGAUGGCACGAUCGACAUCACCAAGCGCCUCGGCAUGUCGACCAUCACCCUGAAGGACGACGAGGAUGACGACGACGAGGACCACGAGAGCAACAAGAUCAAGACCGAGUACCCCGCCACCGCCUAUGUGGUGACCGGCACCCAGGCCGACCGGCCCUCCAAGAACAUGAUCCAGCUGAUGAAGAUGAGCCAGCUGCCGCGCACCAAGUACGACGAUGGCGCGCUCACCGACUCCGAGGACGAGGAGGACGACUCCUACGACACGGACCCCGUGCUGGAGUACCGCUCCAUCAAGCACAUGGGUGGCGUCAACCGCCUGCGUCUCAUGCCUGGGACCAACAUUUGCGCCACUUGGUCGGAGAAUGCGCGCGUCUUCCUGCACGACCUGACCAACCUGGUGGACCAGCUGGACGUGCCGGGCACCGUGCCGGCCGUCAACACCGGGCCGCUGUUCACCUUCUCCGGGCACAUGGACGAGGGCUUCGCCAUGGACUGGUCGCCCACCGUCAAGGGCAGCCUGCUGACGGGUGACUGCUCGAAGAUGAUUUACCGCUGGCAGAUGCACGGCCAGUCCAGCUGGCAGGUGGAGAAGAAGCCGUACACCGGGCACUCCGGGUCGGUGGAGGACAUCCAGUGGAGUCCCACCGAGGACACGGUCUUCGCCUCCUGCUCGUCGGACAAGACCAUCAAGGUGUGGGACACCCGUCGCCGGCAGAAUGCCGCCCUGUCGGUCAAGGCCCACAAGACCGAUGUCAAUGUCAUCUCCUGGAACCGCGUCUCCUCCCAUAUGCUGGCCUCCGGCUCGGACGACGGGACGUUCAGCGUUUGGGAUCUGCGCAACUUCAAGGCCGACUCGCCGGCCGCCACCUUCAGCUGGCACAAGGGCCCGAUCACCAGUGUCGAGUGGCACCCGACCGACGACUCGGUGCUGGCGGUGGCCGGCGCCGACGACCAGAUCACCCUGUGGGACUUCGCGGUGGAGGCCGAUACCGAGGCCAACACCGAGGACGGCAAGACCCUCGUGGUGCCGGAGGUCCCGCCGCAGCUGCUCUUCAUCCACCAGGGCCAGCACAACAUCAAGGAGCUGCACUGGCACCCGCAGAUGCUCGGCACCCUGGUCAGCACCGCCGAGUCCGGCUUCAACAUCUUCCGGACCAUCAGUGUUUGA